AUGUUCUCUGAAGAGGUCCUGGAGCCCUUUAGUUCCGGCCCUACCAUUCUGGACUUGAAGGUGGCUCGCGUAAAGGCAGCACUGAUCCACACAAAUCACUGGAUCACGAACGGGCUGAUCGGUCUGUGUAAGGUCCAUGGCAUUCACACUGGCUCGGUCGAAGACAGUGAAUUACUUCGCACCAUGUUGGCAAAGUCCUACACCCAGGCCAUCGUGCAUGAGGGAUUUGGACUGCACGAUCUCAUCAACUUAAGCAAAGCAAGAGGCCUUUAUGACACUCUACUUGACGAAAGUCCCAUUGCAGUUGCCCGAAGCCUGUUGCAAGUCACUUCGCAGGACCUGCUUGAGAAUCAGCAAGAUAUUGCGACUCAUGUCGCCGUCAAAUCUUCUGCCGAACACUUCACUCGAUUGAUGAACCAGGUCCCAUACAACAGAGUCUUCAUCUCAGAGAUGCAUCCAAAGCCCUCAUCUGGUCAACAUUCUCAAGCAAUGGUUUUCGACCCCAUUUCUGAGAUUGACGAAAUCCACGACACUCUGAUCGCCAUGCUUGAACAGGCUGACCACAGUGCUCGAUUUAACUUCCUCGACCUUCCUGCCGAGCUUCGAUCGAUGGUUUACCAUCUUGUUUGCCGUGCAUCUCUUACAAUUCUCCACCCUCGACGUCAACCAGCCAUCACCAAGGCUUGUCGCUUGACACGCACAGAAGCGUUACCAAUCUAUUAUGGACAUAACCAGUUCGCUGUCGAAGUUUACGGAAGCAAAAGCUCCUGGAUGAGAUGCAUUAGUUCGACGCGCUUUGCUUGGAUUCGGUCUUUCACAUUCACAGAUCUCAAUGACGACUCCAUUCUCGAACUUGAUAUCCCGGACAAAGCAGGAGCCUUUUACAGCGUGAGAGUGAGGAAAGUUCCCGGCAAGAGGGUCGUUGAAGCUAGACUGGAGGGACUUCAUCACAACGGAGGCCAUCGUCUAGCUCAUCGACGUCGAUGUGGUGGUCGGUCUAUGCAUAGGAUAACAGUUGGCGAUGAGCUUGACAAUGACGGCCUUGCCACCAUCCUAGGAAAGCCAGACCUCCACGAAAAAGAUUACAUGAUUGUCGUGGACGAUUCGAUACGACGACUGAGUGUGUGUAUCGAGAAAGCAAUCUCUUCUGGAAGCGAGCCAAAUGAGGCAAUCGUCGAUGAGUACGAGCAUUACAAGAAGCCCGGAAACCAUCACUCAUUCUCGCCACCUAGACUUCCGUCAGAAGAAUGGAAGCUGUUUGGAGCAGAAUGGACGUCAGCUCGUGGCUUCACUGUCGCGGGCUUCAGAGCCUUGAUCUGUGUCCUCAAGUCGGAAUCAUUUCUUGAAGAGUUCACCCGUAGAUAUUCCUAA